UUACCAAGUGAUUUUGAUAGGCUUGGUAAACUUUUUUUGAUAAAAAACAUUAAAAACAUGCCAAGGUGCUCACCGCAAAGUAUUCAAGAUUCGACAAACUAUAAUAACAAUAAAGAUCUUGCUUUCAAGAAUAAAAAUGAAAUUUGGUUAAAAACCCCUAAAAUUUUCAUUGAGAAUCAUGUUAAAGAUCCCAUCAAAUGGGAAUCUUUUGGUCCAGAUGAAAAUAAAUUACAUAGAGCAUUAAUCUCUGCUGAAAUAAAUGGAAAAAUUAUUGUUAGUCGUGGCGAUGCAAAAACAAAAAAAGAUUCUUCAAAAUUCGCAUAUUUGAAUUUAUGUUAUUCUAUAGAAUCUAUGGGCUUGAUGAAUUACUUGCUUGAAUUAAAACGAUCUAAUCAAUCAUUGAACUCAAAUUUAUCUGACAUUGAUUCAACAAAACAUGUUAUAGAAUAUUGUGCAAGAUUUGAUCAUGUACCUAAGUUUCAAGUUUUUCAACUCAAUUCUGAUCAAAACAAUAACGAUUCUUGGGAAGCCGUCAUAGAACUCCCCUCUCAAGGUUUAAUAGGUCGUGGUCAUGGUAAAACUAUAAAAGAAGCUGAAAUCAUGGCUGCUAAUGAUUUUAAAAAUUAUGCCGAAGAAUACAUGGCACUUCACGGUGCUGAUUUUCUUUCAACCUCUGAAGCUAAUAUAAUGACUGAAGAUAUGGCAAAAAAAUUUAUCAAUUUUUACUGUAGAUAUUAUAAAUUAAGAUCCCCUGAAUUUAAAUUUACUACUUUGGGUCCUGAUCAUUCUCUUUUAUGGGAAGCUUCUUUAUUCACUGCUAAUAAUUUUUUGGGAAAAGGUCAAGGUUCUAAUAAGCGCACAUCUCAAAUUGCUGCUUACUUGGAUUCAGCAAUCUUUUUACGUAAAGAUUUUCCCAAAAUUUGGGAAAUGUUUGACCAAGAUAAGUUAAAUGCCAAACUCAAACCUACUCGCCCAUUAGAUAUAAAAAUGAAUGAUGAAGUUUUUAAUAAAUUAUAUUCUUUAAAUUAUAAAUGGAUUACUGAAAAAUCAACAAAACUUUAUGAAGCUUAUCAAAAUUACCUUCAUUCUCGACAAUCGCAAAAGAUUCUUUUAAUUCGUCAACAACUUCCAAUCACUUCAUUUGCAGACACAAUAUUAAACACAAUUGAUCGGAAUCCUGUCACUGUGAUUGUUGGUUCAACUGGUUGCGGUAAAACUACCCAAUUACCACAAUUAAUAUUAGAAAAUGCUAUUAGAGAAAAGCAAGGUGCAAAAUGCAAUAUCAUUGUUACUCAACCAAGAAGAAUUGCCGCUGUUUCUGUUGCUCAAAGAGUUGCUUAUGAGAGAUCAGAAAAAAUUGGCCAAUCUGUUGGUUAUCAGGUUCGUUUUGAAAGUGUGGUCCCUUCUUAUGGUGGAAGUAUAUUAUACUGUACAACUGGUAUUUUCCUUAGAAAAAUGCAUGAAAUUAAAGAUGGAAAAAACUUAUUAAACGAUAUUAGCCAUAUUAUUGUUGAUGAAGUACAUGAAAGAGAUAUGGACACAGAUUUCUUGUUAGUCAUUUUAAAACAAAUUUUAAAAGCUAGCCUUGAAAAUAAUUUGCCACCUAUUAAAAUAAUUCUUAUGAGUGCUACUGUUGAUACAGGAAUUUUUUCAAACUAUUUUGGUGAACUCUUUCCAAAUAAAAAAUGUCCCGUUAUCAAAAUCCCAGGAAAAAUUUAUCCUGUUAAACACUACUUUUUAGAUGAUAUAAUCCCAUUAUUACAUUCUUCGUACAAUCAUUUAGAACUUACUCGUCUGGAUCAUAAAGAUUCUCAAAAAUAUAUUGAUCGUGAAAUGAGAAUCCCAAAACAAAAGAACAACAAUAUACAUUAUUCUUCUUAUUCCCCUCUUCCUAAUAAUCUUUCUUCUUCAAAAAUGUCUUUUCAACGUAAAAUAUUAACUUCUAAUUCGAUGGAUAUUGAUAACGGCGAUGUAGAAAAUGAAAUUGAUGAUACUGCUUCUAGAGGUUCUUCUUCAUCAGGAUAUAUUGAUUGGUCAAAUUCAAAACAUAACGAUGAAAUAUUAGAUGCUGAAAUUCCCUAUAAUUUGAUGGCUUUAGUGAUAGCUCAUAUAGUUAAAUCUUCUAAAGAAGGUUCUAUUUUAGUUUUUUUACCUGGUUGGGAUGAAAUCAUGACUCUUAGUAAACAACUUACCACAUCACCAUAUCCACUUGGUAUUAAUUUUUCAGAUCAAAAUUCUUUUAAAAUUCAUAUGCUUCAUUCUUCACUACCUACUAUAUCUCAACAAGAAGUAUUUGAUCCUUUACCUAGUUCAAAUAUGCGAAAAAUUAUACUUGCUACCAAUAUUGCAGAGACAUCAAUAACAAUUCCUGAUAUAGUAUACGUUGUCGAUUCAGGUAAGCUCAAAGAGAACCGUUAUGAUCAGUCAAAACACAUGACAAAUUUGACCACUACUUGGAUAAGUCAAUCAAAUUCUCGUCAACGUGCUGGUAGAGCAGGGCGUACAUGUGAAGGUGAAUACUACACAAUCAUGUCACGUACCAGAUACCAAAAUAUUGAGGAAUUUUCAACUCCGGAAAUGUUACGUUCUGACUUACAAGGAAUUUGUCUUCAUAUAAAAGCACUUGAUCUUCCAUCCAAAAUUGAAGAGGUUCUUGCACAAGCUAUUCAACCCCCAGAUCAUACAAGCGUUACAGCAGCUUUAGAUAAUUUAAAACUAUUACAAGCAUUAAAUUCCAAUGAAGAAUUAACACCACUAGGAAAAGUUUUGGCUACACUUCCUCUUGAGCCGGGUUUAGGAAAGAUGGUAUUACUUGGUGCUAUAUUUCAAUGUUUAGAUCCAAUUUUAACAAUAGCCGCAAGCAUGACAUGUAAGAAUCCAUUUUAUUCGCCUAUUCAAGCAAAAGAACGUGCUGAUGAAAUAAAGGCACAAUGGGCUCAAGGAACUUCCAGUGAUCAUCUUGCCAUUUUAAAUGCAUAUAAAGCUUGGUAUGAAGUUCAUAGGACUGGUGGUUAUUAUGUGAUAAAUAAAUUUUGUUCAGAUAAUUUUUUGAGCAGGACUGGAUUACAAACUAUUGAACAAAUAAAGAUUCAAUUACUUAACUUAUUACAGAAGGCUAAGGUUAUUCCAAAAUAUUAUCAGGACCGUGAAUACAAAUCAUCUCGUACUUUUAUUUCAGGACCUCCGGAAUAUAAUGUCAAUUCAAAAUGCAUAUCACUUAUCAAAGCUUUAAUUUGUGCAGGUGUUUCUCCUAAUAUAUCUCUUAAAACUUCUAAGAAAACAUAUCGUACUAAGCAUGAAAAUUUAACAUUUGUUCAUCCAGCCUCUGUGAAUUAUAAAGGAAGAGCUGCUAAAAUGGUUAUUGUCAAUAAUAUUAGAAAUAAUUGUACCAGUGAUAGUUAUAACCACAACAAUUUUGAAGCAGAUGAAGGUUUAACUGUACCUUCAGGAACACUUUUUGUAUAUUCCAACAAGAUAAAAACUAAUGGGCAAGUUUAUUUACAUGAUACAACAUGUAUUGACCCAUUUUCGGUAAUAAUUUUUGGUGGUGAAGUUAAUAUUAAGGGAAUUCAGAAUAAUUUAAUUUUAACAAUUGACGAUUGGUUGCAUUUUAAUGAUGAUGAGAAGACAAUAAAUUUAAUUAUUAAUUUGAAAUAUUUAUUAGAACAAUCUUUGACCAAAUUAUAUGAACAAUUAGGGGUUGAAGAAAAUUAUAAUAACAAUAGAAGCUAUAAUUAUGGGAUAGUUGAUAGAUUAAACACAGAUGAUGAGAUGUGUAAAUUAAAACUUGUUAUUAAAGGGGUUGUCGAAUUACUAGAAUUACUAGAUAAAUUUCAAGAUUUGUCAUUACACAGAAAUUAG